AUGACUACAACUAUGAAAACUUCUAUCAUAAUUGCUUUGAUCGCCUUCAUCAUUAUGUCUUUUGCUCAUUGUCAUACUACAAUCACUAGAAGUCCUGGUUAUGGAAUAGGCGGACGUACAAAAACAUGUUUCUCACCAACUUUUUGCACUCUCAGAGGGGUCCAUGGGUGCGAUAGUUAUUGUAGAACUCAAAAUUUUGAUUAUGGCUAUUGUAUUCCAGAAAACUGUUGUUGUGUUAAUUACUAAGAGAAAAUAAUAUACUUCAAUUAUU